AUGGGCCGGGCGAGCUGCUUCGCCCUGCUGCGCUCGUUGCUGCCGCUGCUGCUGCCACUGCUGCUGCUGCUGCGACCGACGACGACGACGCGGGCGCUCGGCCCCCGGAUCAGUGUGCCACUGGGCUCUGAAGAAAGGCUGAUCCGAAAAUUUGAAGCUGAGAACAUCUCUAACUACACGGCCCUUCUGCUGAGCCAGGAUGGCAAGACACUGUACGUGGGGGCCCGAGAGGCCCUCUUUGCACUCAACAGCAAUGUCAGCUUCUUACCAGGCGGGGAGUACCAAGAGCUGCUGUGGCGUGCAGAUGCUGACAGGAAACAGCAGUGCAGCUUCAAGGGCAAGGACCUGAAGCGAGACUGUCAAAACUACAUCAAGAUCCUUCUGCCACUCAACAGCAGCCACCUGCUCACCUGUGGCACAGCAGCCUUCAGCCCGUUGUGUGCCUACAUUAACACAGCAAGCUUCACUUUAGCACGAGAUGAGGCCGGCAAUGUUCUCCUGGAGGAUGGCAAGGGCCGUUGUCCCUUUGACCCCAACUUCAAGUCCACGGCCCUGGUGGUGGAUGGUGAGCUGUACACUGGAACAGUCAGCAGCUUCCAGGGAAACGACCCAGCCAUUUCCCGGAGCCAGAGUUCCCGCCCCACCAAGACUGAGAGCUCCCUCAACUGGCUACAAGACCCUGCCUUUGUGGCUUCAGCCUACAUUCCUGAAAGCCUGGGCAGCCCAAUAGGCGAUGAUGAUAAGAUCUACUUCUUCUUCAGUGAGACUGGCCAGGAGUUUGAGUUCUUCGAGAACACCAUUGUAUCCCGAGUUGCCCGAGUCUGCAAGGGCGAUGAGGGUGGAGAACGGGUCCUGCAGCAGCGCUGGACCUCCUUCCUUAAGGCUCAGCUCCUGUGUUCCCGGCCUGAUGAUGGCUUUCCCUUUAACGUGCUACAAGAUGUCUUCACCCUGAGCCCCAAUCCCCAGGAUUGGCACAAGACCCUUUUCUAUGGGGUUUUCACCUCCCAGUGGCACAGAGGAACCACAGAGGGCUCUGCCAUCUGUGUCUUCAGCAUGAAUGAUGUGCAGAAGGCCUUUAAUGGCCUGUACAAGAAAGUGAACAGAGAGACACAGCAGUGGUAUACUGAGACCCACUCGGUGCCCACACCCCGGCCUGGAGCGUGUAUCACCAACAGUGCCCGGGAACGGAAAAUCAACUCGUCCCUGCAGCUUCCAGACCGAGUGCUAAACUUCCUCAAGGACCACUUCUUGAUGGAUGGGCAGGUCCGCAGCCGCUUGCUGCUGCUGCAGCCAGAAGCCCGAUACCAGCGUGUGGCUGUGCACCGAGUGCCUGGCCUGCGCAGUACUUACGAUGUCCUCUUUCUGGGCACUGGUGAUGGCCGCCUGCACAAGGCAGUGACCCUGGGCUCCAGAGUGCACAUCAUUGAGGAACUGCAGGUCUUCCCUCAAGGACAGCCUGUGCAGAACCUGCUCUUGGACAGCCAUGCGGGACUGUUGUAUGCCUCCUCCCAUUCUGGAGUAGUGCAAGUGCCAGUAGCCAACUGCAGCCUGUACCCAACCUGUGGAGACUGCCUCCUUGCUCGAGACCCCUACUGUGCCUGGAGUGGCUCCAGCUGCAGGCUCAUCAGCCUCUACCAACCCGAUCUGGCCUCCAGGCCUUGGAUCCAAGACAUUGAGGGAGCCAAUGCCAAGGACCUCUGCAAUGUUUCCUCAGCCAGGCCCCGGAUUAUGGUGCCAGCAGGCAAGCCAUGCAAACAAAUCCAGAUCCAACCAAACACAGUGAAUACCCUGGCCUGCCCACUCCUCUCGAACCUGGCUACUCGGCUCUGGUUGUACAACGGGGACCCUGUCAAUGCCUCAGCCUCUUGCCGUGUGUUACCCACUGGUGACCUGCUCUUAGUGGGAAGCCAGCACGGGUUGGGGAUAUUCCAGUGCUGGUCAAUAGAAGAAGGAUUCCAGCAGCUAGUGGCCAGCUACUGCCCAACGGUGAUGGAGGAUGGGGUGAUGGACCAAAACGACCAGCGUGAUGGAAUCCCAGUCAUCAUCAACACAUCUCGAGUGAGCGCGCCCGCUGGUGGCAGGGCCAGCUGGAGUGCAGACAAGUCAUACUGGAAUGAAUUCCUGGUGAUGUGUGCUCUGUUUGGGCUUGCUGUGGUGCUUCUGGUUUUGUUCUUUCUCUACCGACAUCGGGAUGGCAUGAAACUUUUCCUAAAGCAGGGCGAAUGUGCCACGGUGCACCCCAAGACUCGCCCUGUAGUGCUCCCACCUGAGACUCGACCACUCAAUGGUGUCUGCCCUCCUAGCACCCCACUUGACCACCGAGGCUACCAGGCCCUGUCGGAUAGCUCCCCAGGGCCUCGAGUCUUUACUGAGUCAGAGAAGAGGCCACUGAGUAUCCAGGACAGCUUUGUGGAGGUGUCUCCUGUGUGUCCCCGGCCCCGAGUUCGACUAGGCUCUGAGAUCCGAGACUCUGUGGUAUGAGAGCUGACUUUAGAUGUGGCUACCCUGGCCUCGGGCUGUGAAUGUUCAGCAGAGGUCAGCUAGACCUUUGCUUCUCGAAGAACACAACCCUGGUACCCUGCCUGGGAGGCAGCUGGUAUCACAGUCCUAACAUCCCAGCCAGCUGGUUCCAGUGCCUGGCCGAAGAUGGGGCUGCCUCCAGGGGCCAGGGAGUCCUUGUUGGGUGGCAGAAUUCUGCUUCUUAAACUGAGCCCUUUGUUUAAGAGACAACUGCAAAUGUGAAGCCAGAGCGAGAGGGAAGAGAGACAGAGACAAGGAAGAACAUGACACAGCCACUCCAAUUCAGCCUGCCUGGGCUCCAGGGGACUUAUCCAAAGUGGCUUUGUGAGACUGAGUUGGGAAUCCCUCCCCCACUGGCCUAGUCUACCUUCUGCCUUACUCUGCUGCCGGGGGCUACCCUUUUCUCAAUGCAGAGUCGGGGCCCUGCUCCAGCUCCAGCCAACCCAGGACGUAUCUGUGGCCGCUGACACCCCACCACCUCAGGGACAGAGGGCAAGGCUGGCUCUGCAGCCCUCCUCACCAGACCUGGGCCUGGGCCCAAUUCCUGGACUUACCAGGCCUGUAUCAGGCUGUGGGCUCAAGAGAUCAAGGGAGUGACCCCAGGGGAGUUUGCAACAGAAGACUGUUGUCUGCUGCCUUUUCCUGGUCAGAGAACCAUGUCCCCACCCACCCCUCCAGCCCUAUCUUCCAAGUUGGGCUUCUGUCCCUACCUUCUCCUGCUCCUACAUCACCCUGCCCCUGCCUGUCACUCUUAAGGGAUACUGACACUGCCCAUCACAAGGACCCUGAAUUUACAUGGGUUUUAUAUUUUUUUUAAUAAGAUGCACUUUACUUUCUUUUUUUAAAUAAAUCUGACAAUUAUAGUUGACUGUG